AAACUUUUGUCUUAGCAUAAACUAAUACACUACAAGACAAAAACAUUCCUUCUGAUUAGUAGUAGUCAUUAAGCAAUAAAUUACUUUGAUUAAGGUGUAUAGAUCUCAAACCGGGUUAAAAUGAAAGAGACCCGCUCAAUCCGGGUCGGGUCCAACUCCUAACAAGAAAAGGAGCGGAGGAACCAAACCAUGACGUGUAGAACAAUGACUGGCUAACGACUCUUCCUUGCUACUCUUCCUUCAAAAUCGAUUCUUGACGUUCUGGAUCGGAAAAGUCAUCUCCUCCGAAGUCAAAAAAGCGUUAUUUUCUCGUCUCUGUUGCAAAGAUUUUCUCUUUUUCACUUUCUCUGAUAAGUAAAACCUUAACUCACUCCCGUGAUCUUCUCCAGUGAGUGAGCAACUUGAUUAUUUCGCUACAACAUUUUCUUAAAACAAUGUGUUGUAAAUGCAGCUAGGGUUUCUCGGAAUCGGUGCUUACAAUUACAAUCUCUUGGAAUUGGGUUUUGAGGGCUUUUGGGAAAUCGCAAUUCUUCUUAGUCGUGAUCGAAAAGUCGGAGACUUUAGGACAAUGUCGGCCUCCGACCGAGAGUUCCGGUCAGUUCUCGUUCCCGCCGGUAACAAGCUGCAGCAGACACCGUUGUCAAAGCCGGUGAAGAAGACCGAUAAAUCGAAAGACCUAACCUUUACGGCGUCUCCGGCGAAGAAGAGUUCGUCUCCUCUGAGCCCUUCGAUCCUGAGGAGGAACGGUGUCUCCAUGAACGCAUCGUAUUCCUCGGAGGCGUCGUCUUCGUGCGAGUCGUCGCCGUUGAGUAUGGCGUCUGCUUCGAGCGGGAAGAGGGGUUUGCGGCGUAACGGGUCGAACUCUUCGAGUUCACUGAGAGAUGAGAAGGAGACAGGUGAUUGCUUCUCUGAUGGUCGUAGAAGAUGCGCUUGGAUCACUCCCAAAUCUGACCAAUGUUACAUUGCUUUCCACGAUGAAGAGUGGGGAGUCCCUGUCCAUGAUGACAAGAAACUUUUCGAGUUGUUAAGUCUAUCUGGUGCUCUUGCGGAACUAUCCUGGAAAGACAUUCUUUCCAAAAGACAAACAUUCAGGGAAGUAUUCAUGGACUUUGAUCCAAUUGCUAUAUCUGAACUAACAAACAAAAAGAGAACAUCCCCUGAGAUUGCUGCCACCUCAUUACUAUCAGAGCAAAAACUACGCUCAAUCCUCGAGAAUGCAAACCAAGUUCGCAAGAUAAUAGUUGAGUUUGGAUCAUUUGACAAGUACAUUUGGAACUUCGUUAACCAGAAGCCUACUCAGAGCCAGUUCCGGUACUCUCGCCAAGUCCCUGUGAAGACUUCCAAAGCCGAGCUGAUAAGCAAAGACCUUGUCCGCAGAGGCUUCCGCAGUGUUAGUCCUACGGUUAUCUACUCCUUCAUGCAAACAGCUGGUCUCACUAACGACCAUCUCACUAGCUGCUUCAGACACCAAGAAUGCAUAUCCAAGGACGAGACCAGUUCUUAAAAGAAACUCAAGAAUGUCCUAGAGAGAAAGGAUAGUUAACACUCUGAUAUGCUUAGUUUGUUAUUGUGUGUUGUGUUUGUAUUUGUACAGAUGUUUUUUUUGUCAAAACUAGAAGAAGUUGCUAAGCUGAAUUUAUUGGAGAUUGCAUUGAAACGAUUACAUGUUAAGCAAUGGAUAUAUAAUCUACUUUCUCUCA